AUGCCUAAAGCUUCAAAGAAAAAAGGGUCGGAUGUCAAGCCCAAGAUACCGGACAUACCAUGGCGCGAAAACGACAAUUUUUUAACAUGGCAGUUUCUCACGGAACUGGAAAGGCACGAGAACUACAGAAUUAUCUUUGGAAAAAAGGAUGUGUCUGAGAAUACUAGUGGAGACAGUCGCACAACUGUCUUUAAGCGGAUUGCUGAAAGAAUUCUUCCGGAAAUCUAUCUUCUUGAUCCUGGGACUAUAGGUGAUCGCCUGAGGGCUUAUCUUGACAGACUCCGUAAGGCCUAUCAGAAGCAUGCAACAAAACUUCGUCAAACGGGUGAGGGCCUCAACAACACCGAAUCAGAAUCAACAGAAGAAUUACUUGACUAUUAUGUACCUCCGGAGGGCCCUGAUGAGAGCACUCCCACACGAAUUGUCAAUAUCUGGCAACAAAUUGAACGCGAGUUUGAGUUUUUUCCACGGUUACAUAAUCUUUAUGCAACGCGCCCAAAUGUAACACCCAUUGUAAUUACCACAGCAGUUGGUCCUCAAGGGCGUAAGACAGUUUGGUAUCAGCCUCCUAGCCCAACAGAUGUUGAGCCUAUAGGACCCUGUUCAAAUUCAGUAGAACAAACAAUCAACUUAGAGCAGUCUUUGGACGAGGCCACUCAGCCUUCUCAGUUAUCAGUCACCCUUUCAACCACUUCUGGAUCUGACACUCUAGGUCCAAUUUCAUCUUCUCAAAUUCGGCCUCCAAAGUCAUCCACAAUUUCUCGCCAUGCUGUUGAAAAGGCUAGAAAUAAUAUUUCUAAAGUUCCGGCAAAGCGUUCACUUAUUGACACACUUGUUGAAAUGUCCGACAAGACCACAAAGAUGUGGUCCGAAGAUGCACAUCAGAAGAGUCUUUUGCAAAAGCGCACUUUGCUUCUCGAAGAAUUCAAGCUCGGUUUGUGGUCAAAGAAUGAGUAUCAUGCCCAGAUUCAUGAAUUGCAGCAUAAUAACACUCAAGAUUCAUUGCCACGUGUACUGCUGCCUUCACACCAGCGUUCUCUUGAAUGGGAGGAAGAAGCGUCAACGGAUGGUUCAGACUAG